AGAGUGCAUAAGGUAUUUUUCGUGCAGCCUGUACACGAGCUUCCAGUCUCUUUCCUGCCUUCUUGCCCACUAUCAUCUAUCGUGCUAGAUGUGCCAUCACUUAUGUAUGUUUCAGAUGAGUGAAAUGAGGGGGAGUUGCAGUCAUCACAAAGUGGCAGUCGGGAAUUCUCCUUCAGAUGCCUAUUGCAACAUCACUCAUUUGUACAACAAUCCAGGAUUAUUAUCAGACAUACCAGCAAUUGAGCUGCCUGCUGAUCUCAUACCAGUUAUAAUGAGAAGACUGGGUGAAGCAGAGAGAAAAGUGGUACGGUUAUCCAAAGAAUUGGCAAAUGCUGAGAAUAGUGUAAAAGAGAGAGAUAAACAAAUUCUACAUCUGAAUGAGAAGCUGACUGAUCUGCAGAAAAGCAAGGAAGUAAUAAAUAUAAGCACAAAGAAGAGUAUACAUUGUAAAUAUCAGGAACUGCUCCAUAGAUGUCAGAAAGCAGAGAGACAGGUCUAUGAAAUGGAGAGUUUUCUUGCCGAUUAUGGACUGAUGUGGAUUGGUGGUGAAUCACACAAAUCACCAGAAAACAUCCCAGAACCAGAUGCUCAAACGAAUCACGAAUUUGAUAAUCAUUUGAAGAACCCUGAAAUAAAUUUUGAUGUUCUCCUGCACAAUUUAACUGAACUUAAUUUGAUAGCUGGUGCAGGAGAAACUCAAAUAUCAUAUACAGGGGCAGGUGCUAUGUUCAAGGCUGGAGACAGUAUACCAUUAACAAUAUAUUCAAAUGGUCUGGUUUUAUCAGAUGGUCCUUUCAGACCUUAUUCUGACAUAAACACUAAAAUGUUUGUGCAAGAUAUCAUUGAUGGAUAUUUUCCAUCUGAACUGCAAAACUAUUACCCUGAUGGCGUUGCUUUUAAGGUUAUUGACAAGCAUACAGUACAUUAUGCUGAAGAAAAUAUGCAAUGGAAACCUUUCUGUGGAACGGGAUACAUUCUAGGAGGAAAACUGCAAGGCAGAAGUUCUAAUUAUAAGACAGACACACCAAAAACUUCAUUGGAUCUAAAGCUGUAACUACACUUGUGAAAUGAGUUCAUACCAUUAUUUUACAAACAUUUUAUGUGAUAUUCUAUUUCAUUUAAUUUUUGUGAGAAUAUGUAAUGUUUUGGAAUGAUUUCAUGUGACUUAAUUCA